CACUCCUGACAAGGUGUUCAACUGGUGCACAUCACAAAGGAACGAUGGAGCAACAACUUUUCAUACUUUUUGUUUUGAAGUGUUUUGGUCUCACCAAUCAAGCUGUGAAAGGAACAGAGAGCUUCACCAAUUUGGGGAAUCUCAGUUUAAAUUACAGUGGUGACUAUGAAUACGAAAACAACUCUCCCUGCAAAGAAACAUUGCCUGGAUUUAACAACAUGGGGAUGACCGUCGUCUUCAUUAUUGUGUUUGUUUUCGCCAUCGUAGGUAACAGUGUUGUUGUCUUUGUCGUUUUCAAUAUGAAGAAAAGUAAAACCAGCACUGACAUCUACCUGAUGCACCUGGCGAUCGCAGACCUGCUCUUCUGUCUUACCCUGCCGUUCUGGGCUGUGAAAUGUAAUGCUGGCUGGAUCUUUGGAACCUUCCUGUGCAAACUCCUCUCAGGCUUUCAGGAGGCAUCUGCAUACAGUGGCGUAUUCCUGCUGGCAUGCAUCAGUGUGGACAGAUACUUUGCCAUUGUCAGAGCUACGCGCGUCCUGUCCUCCCAUCACCUGCUGGUCAAAGUUAUUUGCAGUAUUGUGUGGCUGGUGGCUGUAAUGUUGUCCUUACCUGUGGUGAUUAAGAGGGAGAGCAUGUAUACUGAAUUUGGAGUGUUCAUUUGCCAUGAAAACAUUACUGGUGAAAGCACCGAUCGCUGGCGAGUGACUCUACGUGUUCUGCGGCAUACACUGGGCUUCUUCCUGCCUCUGGUGGUCAUGGCUGUCUGCUAUGGCUGGACUGUGGUGACUCUGUUUCACACACGCAACCAACAAAAGCACAAAGCUAUGCGCGUCAUCUUGGCCGUUGUGCUGGCAUUCAUUCUGUGCUGGCUGCCUUAUAAUGUCACUGUACUGAUUGACACACUCAUACAGGGAGGAUCUCUGGAACUGACUACAUGUGAAACUCAUUACACAGUGAUUGCCAUGCUGAAUGUCACCGAAAUUCUGGCCUUCACGCACUGUGCAGUGAAUCCGGUGCUGUACGCCUUUGUUGGGCAGAAAUUCCGUAACCAGCUGCUCUCAGUUCUUAACAGACACGGCCUCAUCAGCAAGAGGCUCCAGAUGGCUUACAGGAAGGGCUCUGCUGGCAGUGUAGGCAGCUUAAGAUCCAGAAACACCUCAGUCACAAUGUAAAAAAGCCCUGAUGGAUGAUUAUUUACAGGCUCAGGUGGUGGUCAUUUUUUAAAAUGCAUCUUCAACUGGUCAAAUGUCCUCAGAGUACAAUGUACUAAAGAUCCAGAAAGUACAUUGAUGCAAACCACAUAUACACCAUCACCCCUAAAUAGCAAAUUCAGAGAAAGUUAUAAGUAGAUGUGUCACAUUUUUUACUCCAUAACUGCUUUUGCUCGUCGUGUGAAUUUCCAGGAACAGAUAUCGGGGGAGCAGAUUGUCUUUUUCUUUUUUUUGCUGUGAUUGAAAAGGUAGCAGAAAGCAGCAUCGCUUGGCUUAAGAUAAAAUAGAAAACAGGAGAAAACAUCUGUGUAGAACGGAAUCUGGUGGUAAAAAUAGUAAUAUGCAGGUGUUUCUGGAUGUUAGCAUUUCACACAGCCAGUUCAGCUGUUUCCUUUGGUUAACAGGAGGAUUUUGUUUUCUAAAUUACUGGUCAGUAUUUCUCAGUGUAACUCAUUCCAUUCUAUUACUAGAAUUUCCAAACAAUACCCAAAAUGAUCUUGGUUCAUUAGUAGCAAUGUUGCUACCAGAUUUGAAAUAAAAUAGUCAGUUCAGUGCCUCACCUGGAUCUCUCAUGGUGUAAUGUAUGGUGUAACUUUUGAAGUAUUAUUUCAGCAUGAAUAUUGAUUACUGAAUCUAAGCAGUGAAACAUUCAGAGAAAAAGAAUGCAGGUGUUCAAGUUAAAAAGAGAAUCAGAUAACAUGGUUAGCACUGUCAUAUAGCAAGAGAGUUCUGAGAAAGAAAGUCAGGGCCUUCCUGUGUGGAGCUUGCCUUGUCUGCCAGGGUUUCCUCUAGACACACUGGCUUUCUCCCACAGAUAUGCAUGUUAACUUGUGCUGUAAAUCACUUUAAGUGCUUAAUAAAACUAUAAAAGUGGCAUAGAAAUGUUAGUUUGACAGGUUUUGUGCUGUGAGCAUUCACAAAAAUAUUGUUGCUGUAUAUUUUCUAAUGAAGCUUUAGUGUGUUUGUUCAUUAAGAAUAAAAAACAUUUAAAAAUCCAGUUUUUAUGUGAUAUUAUGCACAUUAUUCUGAGGCUGUCCAGUAAAUAUUUUUUACCUUAUUCUACGCAGUAGUGGAGAAAAAAGUCUCAGUCUGAUAUUAUCUUUCACACAGGAAGAAGCAGUGGUGAAAUCUGCCUUCUGUUUAAAAAACAAGCUGUGUUUGUUUCUCUGAUGAAAAGGUUUCAUUUAGGUAACAGAAACUCUGUAGAAACUGAUAGUUUGUGUUGUAAUCAGUGCUAAGAUACUGUUGUGUCCAAGAAGCUGUUUCUUGCAUGAUCAAACCAAUGUGUAUUUCUUUGACUCUGUUUUUUACCUGAAGGUGUGCAGUGAUGUGUGAAUGAGUCUGCAAAGUGUUGCUUCAAAAUUAAAACUGCAUGAUAUACGUGCACCGCACUGUGCUUCAAAAUUAAAUGUCUCCAUUAUGCAAGCUUAUUCUUGUAUUACUACUAAACAUGUGUUUAGGAAAAUGUGGUAUAUCCAGAUUUGUUUCUAUUCAAGCAUAUUUGUCAAAUUCCGUCUGCAGCUAAACUCGAAUA